GCGGACGUCCAUUGGAUUAGCAGGCAUGUGAUAUCACGUCCUCAAUCCUGCAUGCAUAGGAGAGCUGGGACUUGAGCUCAGUUAUACCGACAGCGGUGCGGAAGAGAGUUUAUUUUUUAUUUUUUUUUACAUAUCCUGUCCCUGACUAGAUUUUUAAAGGAAAGUUUUGGCCGGACAACCCCUUUAAACUUUUUGUAAAUAUUUCUUCUUCUGCUACACGAAGACACAUAAUGAAAGUCUUCUAACACACAGUACUAUAGUCUUUACAAGUGUCUCCUUUUACACUGAUAUCAUUCGAUUAUAAGCCCCUUCCCAAAGAUCUAAUUAUGGCAAUGUCACUUGAUAUUCCUCUCCAUCGGAGUCUUCUCGUCCCGUUCCAUUCACUUAUUAGAUUAUACCACCAUGUAAUUGCACUGAGAUAUUUUCUGGCUGAGAAGUGGUUAAUUUUACUCUCUUGUCCCAGACGAUCACAAAUCCUUCUCGAUGAGGAAAUCUCAUUAGGGAAUUCCAUGUGCGGGAAGUUAAUAAAGAGGGAACUCUGUUCUGCUUCAUGAAUGGCUCGCAUGCACUAUUCAUGGACCCACCUCCAUCUCUAGAGGCCUGGGGAUGCUGUAUGAUGUAACUUGCCUCCCUGCAGCUUCCAUUCACAUCUAUUAGGCAGACAGCCAGAACUCCCCCUUCUAUUUAGAUGAAGUCAUCCUGUUCCUAUAUUUUUAUGGAUACUACGCUGUCUGCUCUACACCAGCCCCAGGGUCACACUCCUUCUUCUGAUGUGAAGCCGCAUGGAUUUCUCAGCACCUUCCCCCAUCAGCUCUUCACAUUCUAUGCAUGAGUUGUCUCUUUCCCUGAUUAUCCAGGAAGCAGCAUCAGCACCAUGAUCUCUCGGAUCUGUCAGUAUUCCCACGACCAGUGAUAAACAUUGGAUACAAAUCCCCGGGAAGCCUAUCGGUUUUAAUGCUAUCCUUGCCUUAUGCAAGACACAAUCUCCCUGCAAUCUGUGCUCUGGUGGCAGCCAGACGGAGGAGAUAAACGGCGCUGUAUUUUCCACAACUGAUGCUGAGUAGAUUGGAUAAUGCAGAGAGAAGCAGCAUGUUUUUCAAUGCUGAGCUCACCUUAAGCACUGGAAAGGUCAUUGGCAUACAGAUGCUAAAUGCAUUGCAGCAGAUUCCAUAGUAUUCUGUUGUACUGAACUAUGUCCCUUUGGGGAAUCGAUUGCAGAACAUAGAACUUGGGACUCACACCUGACUUGGCGGACGAGCCCAGUUAUACCCAAGGGCUACAGUAUGAGAACAAAUCCUGAUAUUUGCAUAACUUUGGCCAAAAAGAACCUCCAAGUGGUUUGUUUGGAGGACCUAGAAUGAAAACGUUCCCUUUCUUCUAUAAUCCAUUGCAGCAUUGACAAGAAGGAAUUUACAAUCCUGGGAGAACCCUAAGGAACCGACAAGCUUCACGAUGGCUAAUGAACCAGUUAUACUUAAUGUAUAUGAUAUGUACUGGAUUAAUGAAUACACCUCAACACUGGGCAUAGGAGUAUUUCAUUCAGGGAUAGAAAUCUAUGGUAGAGUGUUAUGUGUUCUUUUUUUACUUACAGAGUUUGCCUAUGGAGGACAUCCCUACCCAUUUAGUGGAAUUUUUGAGAUCACCCCGGGUAGUGCGGUAGAACUUGGAGAGACUUUUAAAUUCAAGGAAGCUAUUGCACUUGGCACAACAGAUUUCACAGAAGAAGACAUUGAUAACAUUAUGGAGGAGUUGGGGAAGGAAUACAAGGGCAAUGCUUAUCACCUAAUGCACAAAAAUUGCAAUCAUUUCUCUGCAGCUCUGGCUGAGAUGCUGUGUGGAAAGGAAAUCCCACGGUGGGUUAACCGUUUGGCCUACUUUAGCUCGUGCAUACCAUUUCUCCAGAGUUGCCUACCGAAAGAGUGGUUGACACCAGCAGCUCUACAGAGUCACAUCAGCCUUGGCCUCCAGCGAGAAGACCAAGGAGACACAACAGAUGAGGACUCUCCGUCUACAUCGAAUGUGGCUGCAGGCACAACAACAACUGCCUCCGCAGGGGCUUCACGAACCUGUAGACACACUAGAGUUUAAAUGACUUUAAAUGAGUGUUCUUCAGGACUUUUCCAGACAGGAAUUUAACCGAUUUCCAAGUCAAGAACAUUCAUUAUCUGGUUAAAGAUUUUUAUUUGGGGAUAUUUCCUGUUCUCCAUGAAUUCUCUUUCCCACCGUGUGAUUCUUCGCAUUUUGAAAGGAUCAUGAUUAUGCAAAAAAGCAACAAUUUUCUUUUGAAGAUUAAUUCCCAAGGAAUUCAUGUGUGUGCUGCAUUAUACUUUAUUUUUCAUUCAUUCAUUAAAUGCAAAUAACACCUACACAGGAUGCAGGGAGCAAAUGUUGAUGACAUUGUCAUUAGUUCAUGGAAUUCUAAGUACAAUAAAUGCAUAUGUUACAAAGGAUAAAUAAUCUGGUUUAGAAUUGUAUAUUAAUUUACCUUAUAAGGCAAUAUUGCGUUAAAGGGUCACUCUGUUGCAGAACAACUUAUCCCCUAUCCACAGGAUAGGGGAUAAGUGUUUGAACAUGGGGGGUUUGACCGCUGGGACCCCCCAUAAUCCCCUGCCCGGCAUUCCCAUCGAUCUCCGCUCCAUGCACAGAUUACUUGUUAGGGGUUACGCUGCUGCCAGGCUUUCUGGCCGUGAGCGCGCCCCUGUUCCGUCCCCCGAUGCCGGCAGCGCCUGUGUCCGCACCUCGGGAAGUGGUUGCAGGCGUCCCCCGGCCCGCAACUCACCCUGCAUCGCUCCUGCUCCCUCUGUCUGCUUGCGCGCGCGUGGCCACUUCCUGGGGCGUGCACCGGCUCUCAGAAAUGUAAAGGGUCAGUACGCCCUUAAUUGGUUCUUGUUAAUUAGUGAAGUUGUUAAUUAGUGAAGUGCCAGCACUUUCUCUAUUGCCUUGCCGGAUCUUUGUGCCAUCAUUGCCUUAGAGAAAGCAUUCAUUUGUGUCUUGCCUUACCGUGUAGCUGACCUUUGCUACAUUUCCUGACCUUUGCUCCUUGCCUCCUGACCUCUUGCUACAGUGCCGCCAGCCCUGACCUCCCGCCUGUCCUGACUACGAGUUGUCUCAUCCUAUCUGUGCCACGUUACACCUCGGCAGCCUGUGUGGAAGAGUCGUAUCAGGGGUGGCGACCUGGGUGCCACCUGCCGCAGCAAGUCCAUCCCGCUUUGCAGCGGGCUCUGGUAAAAACCAGCAGCACCUUAGACUCUGCUCCCUGGUACGGCUCACGUCAUCAUCCACACAGGUCCAGCGGAUCCAGUUCACCUCAGCCGUAACAUUACUGUUGAACUCCGCACAAAGCUGUGGCUGACAUGCCCCCUUCAUGUAGCUAGAGAUAUAUCUCCAUGGAGAGAGAAGGGGGUCCAACCCCUGGGACCCCCCAUGAUCAGACACUUUUCCCCUAUCUUGUGGAUAGGGAAUAAGAUGUUCUGUAAUGGAGUACCCUUUAAGGCCACUGCAAUUUUUGAGCCAACCACAAACAUGAAUUGAAAAGGAAUGGAAAAUAUAAAGGAAGGACUUAGGGCCCAUUCACACUACAUAUUUUACAAACAAAAUUCCACUCGAAGAUCGAUGCAGCAGUUUCCCAUUGUUUUCAAUGGGAUUCUGCUGUACCAAUCCCAGACUCUGCCCAAAGAAUGAAAAUGUUCUAUCCAACACAGAAUCCACAUAUAUUCUGCAUCAAAGGUAACAAGUGAAUUAUUUUUCCAUGGUGUAAAUUCCAUUUUAAAACAAUGGGAAAUGGCAACAACUUGGUUUUCCCAAAGAUUCCGGUAGGAAAGUAGUGUCAGAAUCCACAUAACAAAAAUCUGUGUACACAAGGCUUUACUGGCAGGUUCUCUCUCACAGUACAGCUGAUCACUUUUGGUCUCAGCAGAAGGAUAUUUUGUGAUUUGCUUUUCACCAAUGGAACCUUUUAAAAGGUAACAUUCCAUGCGACCAGAGACAAUGUCAUAAGUCACAUGGUCUCCAGGGGGCGUGGCUAUAGUGCAGUGGGAGGGUGGAUAGCAUUACUUCAGGAAAUCACUUCCACCUUACUAUGUACCUACAUAAUGCAGCACAGGCACGCCACCAGGAAAUUAUGUGACCUAUGACCUAUUGUCUCUGGCCGCAUAGAUUACUGGAAAAGGUAAAUAAAAUACCCUGAAAAAAAAAGACUUGAAAUACGAAACUUCAGCGUGUGGAUCCCAUGAGAAAAGCAUAUUACACAAUAUUAUAACUUGGCAUCUUGGGUCAAAGGCUGAAAAAAAUACCCGUUUAUGGUCUAUUCACACGUACAGUAUUCUGCGCAGAUUUGAUGUGCAGGAUUUUCUGCUGCAGAUUUCAAUGUUAACUGAACACAGCUUGAAAUCCUGUGCAGAAUACUGUACGUGUGAAUAGACCCUUAAGGUAUGAAGUCUCCUCUCCUGACCUAUUUGCUUUACAAAAUGAAGUUUGAAGUAGUAUUUGACAUUCCUCUGGAAGUAUGACUAAUUUGACAAGGGGAAUAGCAGUUAGGCUAUGUUCACAAAAUUUUUCCUUGUAUAUCGGGCAAUAAAAUUUCUAUAUAAUGGUGGUUUACGGCACCGAAAAAAACUGGAAAAAAUGUGCAGUGUUCUUAUUGAGUUUUAUUGAACGAUUAAUCUGUUCACACAGUAAACAAUGAUUCUGCUGCUGUCAUUUUUACAUCUUUAAAAUUAGUGACGUUAUUUAUUGUGGCCGAUUUAGCAAAAAAAAAAAAAAACACCAACAUUUUUUGUGCCCAGUAUUUUUUAGCAGUUGUUUUUCAUGAAAAAUGACCAUGGCUGAAAAUACUGGCCAAAAUAUGAAGUGUGAACAUAACUUAAGGGUACUCUGGAGGAGUUUUUUUUAGCACCAGUUGCUUUGAAAAAAAAACCCAUAUUUAACCCCAUUUGUAAAUUACUUCUAUUUAAAAAGCUUAAUCCUUCCAGUACUUAUCAGCUGCUGUAGGCGCCAUAGAAAGUUGUGUAAAUCGUUCCAGUCUGACCACAGUGCUCUCUAUUGCCCCCUCUGUCCGUGUCAGGAACUGUCCAGAGCUGGAGAGUUUUGAUAUGGGGAUUUGCUCCUACUCUUUUCUGUCUGACCACAGUGCUCUCUGCUGCCACCUUUGACCAUGUCAGAAACUGUCCAGAGUAGAAGCAAAUCAUCAUAGCAAACCUCUCCUGCUCUGGACAGUUCUUGGCAUGGACAGAGGUGUCAGCAGAGAGCACUGUGGUUAGACUAGAAAGAACUACACAACUUCCUCUGGAGCAUACAGCAGCGGAUAAGUAGUGGAAGGAUUACGAUUUUUUUAAUAGGAGUCAUUUACUAAUCUGUUUUAAGUUUCUCCCACCAGUUAAAAAAAAAAAAAAAAAAAAAAAAAAAAAAGUGUUUUCCACACUGUCAUAUGCUCCCAACUUGUUUGUGCUUUAACCCAGGACCCUCAGGACGGACCCAUUUUUUACCUUAAUGACCAAGCUCUUUUUUUUUAAAUGUGACAUGUCUCUUUAAAUGGUAAUAACUUUAGAACUCUUUUUCUGAGCGGAGCGAUUCUGAGAUAGUUUUUUCGUGACAUGUUGUACUUUAUAUAAGUGGUGCAUUUUUGUUCUCAACAAAUAUUGUGAAAAACUGGCAUUUUUUAAAUUUCUUUAAUGGUGUUCACUGUGCGGUAAAAGUGAUGUUAUAUUUAUUCUGUGGGUCGGUACGAUAAUGGAGAUACCCAUUUUAUACAGCUUUUUAUGUUCUUUUUUCCUUUUUCUGAGCAAAAUUAUUUUUUUCCCUUUUUUGUGUUAUGUUCCGACAGCAGUAACUUUUUUAUGUUUCGUCGAACGCCAUUGAGUGAGGGCUUAUUUAUUGGUAUAACUUUUGCGAUACAUGAACCUUUUGAUCUUUAUUAUUCGGCUAUUUGUAUUAAAAUUGGGGAAUUUAGCUUUUUUUUUUUUUUUUUAUUUUUUUUUUUACGGCGUUCACCAUGUGGGAUAAUUUACAUUAUAGCUUUAUAGUACAUGUCAUUACGGACGUGGCAAUACCUAAUAUGCAUAUGGUUUGUGUUUUUUUUUGUUUUUUUAUCAUUGGGAAAGGGGCAUUUUUUUUUACUUCAUACAAUUUAAUUUUUUUCACUUUUUACAGGUUAUACUAUGCUGCAAUACAUUUGUAUUGCAGCACAGUGUGACCUGAUCAGCUGCACACAGUACAGCCUGUGCGAUCCAGCCUGUGGCUUCCAUAGCAGGCAGACAGGAGGUAAUCAUCUGUCCUACUGCUGUCAUAGCAGCUAACGGUGAUCCAUGAUCGUGUCGCAGUGCCACCAUUGGUGAACAGGGGGAGCUCCCUCCCUCUGUCACCGGUAAUCAGUGCUGCGGUUAGAUUGACCGCAGCACUGAAGAGGUUAACUGUCAGGAUCUGGGCGCAGCUCCGCUUCUGUCAGCUGUAGUGGGUGCCCGGCCAUAUGCGAUCGCCGGCCUCAGUCGCCGAUCACUGCCCGCACGCUCGCAGCGCCG